UGCACAUGCGCACUACGGCGUGCUUGGACUUUCGUCGGCCAUGCCCGUGGCCAUAGAUGCUGUGGCUGCUGUGGCUUUCCCAGCUGUAAUCCUAUCAUUUGCCGCCGUUAAUUCGUAGAAUAUGGCCACUGCCAGCGGUGACACAACCGUGCCCGAACUUACAGAGGAGCAAAGGAAGGCAAUAGCUGAAAAACGUGAGCGUGCCAUUCAAAUAAGGAAGGCCAAGUUGGCAUUAAGGAGCAUUACUGAAAGUGCUGGUGGCUCUCCAACCAAGCAGCAGCGAGUUGUUGACACAGGUGGUGGCUUUCUACUCGACAAUGGUACUCCCACAUCACAAUUGGUACCACCACCACCAACAACAGUGGAGAUGCCCUCAGAACACUCCACUUGUGGUGAUUGCGGCAAGCAGUUCUUAAUGUCGUUCCUGCUGGAGAAGUUUGCAUUGGAAAUAUGUGAUAAUUGCAGAGACAAGGAGGACAAGCACAAGCUUGUUACGCGAACAGACUGCAAGAAUGAAUACCUGCUGAAGGACUGUGACCUUGACUUACGGGAGCCACCGUUGAAGUAUAUCCUCAAGCCUAACCCACACCAUGCUCAUGGCAACAUGAAGCUAUACCUGAAGUGCCAGGUUGAAGAGCGGGCAAUAGUGGUCUGGGGAUCCCUGGAAGCCCUAGAUGAGCAGCUAGAGAAAAGGGAUGAAGAGAGAUCCAAGAGAAAACGAAAAGCAUUUAAUAAACGUGUCAAAGAGCUGAGGAUGACCGUAAGAAGCAGUUUGUACCGUCCACUUGGGCAGAACCACGAACACACCUAUGGACCCGAGUCUCAUGACUCGGACAUAGAUGAAUACUUCAAAAUUUGCACCAGCUGUGGCCACCGAAUGAACUAUGAGAAGAUGUGACUUUUUUAUGCAAUAAACUUAAUGUACAUACUGCCAAAA